GCUGGCACGAAAUAGUUGGGCCGAAGGGCCUGUUUCCCUUCUGCGUGGCUCUCUGGUGUUUAUCUACGGUGGAGAAAAGUUCCCUCCCAGAUUGGCUCCCCCCGGGAUUGAUUUGGGAUUGUCGUGUGUUGGCAGCGCCUGGUUUCCCCGCAGGAGGAGACUUGCCCCACUCUCUGGAGCCCUCUCCCUGCCAGGAAAUGGAAUCGUGGAAAAUGUAGUAGCUGCAGGAGAGGGGGCGGGGGCCGAGCUGCUAUUGCUGGGAAAACCAGGUGUGAGCAGGACUUCAGCGGAGGGAGGGGGCUGGGUAUACGGCGGAAGAAAUGACAAGGGCUAGCAGCAUUGCGCCAAGCACACCAACCAUUCUCUGUGCUGCCCGGCGCUGCAAGGAAGGCACCGGCAUGUGACGCCUCCUGAUUACAGCAAACACUCGGCGUGUGUGUUGGUGACAUACCGGGACACAUAAACACACACAUGGAGAGCCAGCUGAAGAGGGAACUGAUGUGACUGCGAAAGGUUGCGGACUCUCCUCCCUCCCUCCCUCCCUCCCUCACUCGGUCAGUGGUAUGCCGGCUGCAACUCGCUCGCAUUCUGCCCUUGAGCCGGGAUCAGGAUGAAAAAGCAUUCGGCCAGGGUGGCCCCCCUCACCGCCUGUAACAGUCCGGUGCUGACCCUCACCAAAGUGGAAGGAGACGAGAGGCCAGAGGAGGCGAGAAGGGCCGCCGGUGGCUCGGUCCGGACGGAGCCGGAGACCCAGGAAGAGGCCGGAGGAGGAAGGGAGGGCCGGUGGUGGAGGCGGGGGCCGGCCUGCUGCCGCCGCCCAUGGGGGCUCUCCAUCGAGCGGCUGAAGGAGGCGCUGUGGGGCUGGGCGGUUGUCCUGAGCGUCUGCUCGUCCUGGGCAGGCACCAGCCAGCUGGCCAAGGUCACCUUCCGCACCUUCGACGCCCCCUUCGCCGUCACCUGGUUCGCCACCACCUGGAACCUCCUCUUCUUCCCACUCUACUACAUUGGACACGUCUGGAGCGCUGAGGAGAAGCAGACGCCACUGCAACAGUUCAGGGAAUGCUGCAGGUUUUAUGGGGAUGACGGCUUAACCAUCAAAAUAUUCUUCACCAGGACCGCCCCCUUCUGCGUCCUGUGGACUUUAACCAAUUACCUGUACCUGCUGGCCUUGAAGAAGAUUAGUGCCACAGAUGCCUCUGCCCUCUUCUGCUGCAACAAGGCCUUUGUCUUUCUGCUGUCCUGGAUAGUUCUACGGGACAAAUUCAUGGGUGUCAGGAUAGUGGCUGCCAUCUUCGCUAUUGCCGGCAUCGUGAUGAUCACCUACGCGGAUGGCUUCCACAGUCACUCGGUCAUAGGGAUCGCACUCGUUGUGGCGUCAGCCUCCACGUCAGCCCUCUACAAGGUCUUGUUUAAGAUGCUGCUGGGCAGUGCCAAAUACGGUGAAGCCGCCUUAUUUCUAACGGUGCUUGGCCUGUUCAACGUUACCUUUAUCAUCUGCGUUCCCACAGCUCUUUACUUCACCGGGAUCGAGCACUGGACUUCCUUCCGCCUCGUUCCCUGGGAGAAGCUGUGCGGGAUAGCGAUUCUGCUGCUGUCCUUUACCAUCCUGAUGAAUUUCGGGAUUGCCGUCACUUCUCCGACAUUGAUAUCCGUGGGAGUGGUCCUCAGCGUUCCCGUAAAUGCCGUGGCGGACGCCUACUCCAGCGACAUCAUCUUCAACGGGGUGAGAGUGGUGGCCGUGCUGAUCAUCUGCCUGGGCUUCCUGCUCCUCCUGCUGCCCGAGGAAUGGGACCGGCUCGCCAUCGCCUUCCUCGGCCGCUUCCGAGUCAGCAAGAAGGAGGAGCCGGUAGAGGAGCGGCCGGAUCCCGGGUUCUCGGGGCAGAGCCGGAGCAAGGGCUCCCGGACCUCUGCCGCCACCUUCUCGCAUUCCUUCUAGUGCCGCGGAGACCCCCCUUCCUGGAGGUUGCCAGGGUUUUCAGAGGAACAGCAACCUUUUCUGGCGAGAGGCAGGAAGACACGGAUCGCUCAUAUCACAUAUGGGUGCCUAUUUCCUACCGAUAUUUCCAAAGACGUGUUGUCUGACACAUUGUGCCGCCGACGGGGACGUGGCUGAUAGUUCAUUGCCCGGAGGUUUGGGUUGGUGGUGGGACAGUGGGAUUGGUCCGGGGUUGAGGGGUGGGGGUGUGUGUUCCACCCUGCCGAUACACCGCGCUGCCCGGGUGCAGUGUUGAGGGGGCAUCGGUUGUACGGUGCACCUGUCCACCGGCUGGCCCCUGGCGCUGGGCGGCUCCGCCGGUCUCUCGGUGAUGCCUCACGCAGUUGAGAAGCUGCUUUUCCUCCUGUCCGCUCCCCCACCCCUACCCCCCCCCCCCCACCAGGCGGUGCAUCCGAGCCCUGGGUCACUCGGUGACGUGCUGCCUUUGACCGCCUGAACCGUCCCGCCGCCUGCAAUGUCCCAUCACAACUCCUGACCGCUUUAUGCUCUUCCACCCCCCACCCC